GUCAGCACGAUGAUGGGCAGCCCCGGAUCCUCCGCCGCCAGCAGCCCCCCGAAGGACCCGCAGGAGGUGGAGGCGGCCUUGCCCCGCGGGCGCACCGCGUCCGCGGCCGAGGGCAUCGAGGAGGACGAGGCGGAGAGCCACGACAUGCUGGAGCUGCUCACGGAGUUUGCCCGCGCGGUCAUACCACUGAGCUGCUUCAUCAUCCUGUACGUAGGCGUGAUCUUCCAGACCUGGUUCGUGACUGCCUCGCUGGUGGGCGGCCUCCUCUGUGUUAUCGUGGGGCUCGCGAUCUUCAAGUACGGGCUCAUGACAGGCUUCAUGCCCUUCGGCCAUUCCAUCGGCAGGCGGUUGCCUGAGAAGGUUCACAUGACGAUGUUCCUGCUCGCCAGCGCCUGCCUGGGCGUGCUGGUGACCUACAGCGAGCCGGCCAUCGGGGCCCUGCAGCUCGUCGGCGAGAUCCUGAACAGCCAGGCGCACGGCCCCGGCGGCGAGGGCGCGGCGUUGCUCGUGAUGCUCAGCAGGCGGCGUUCGCCGGAGCUGCUGGCCGCGGUGGCCGGCGGCGUGGGCAUCGCCGCGGCCUGCGGGCUGGUGAGGAUCAAGCGCGAGUGGGGAAUCAAGCCGUUCAUCUUCUGCAACGUCCUGCCCCUCCUGUGCCUGACCUUGUACUGCAGCCGCGACCCGGAGAUCUCCAGCAUCGUCGGCAUGACGUGGGACUGUGGCGCGGUGACUACAGGCCCUGCCACCGUGCCCAUUGUGCUCGCGCUCGGGCUGGGCGUGGCCUCGUUCACGCGCGAGACGAAGCAAGCGAGGAUGCUUGACGCCGUCGGGAGGCGCAUGACCGCGACGCCGGAGAACAAGAAUUCCGACCUCGAUGGGUUCGGGAUCGUCACGCUCGCGUCCCUCGUCCCGGUGCUGACGGUGAUGCUCUUCGGGAUCCUGUGCAGCUUCUCGGACCGGGCGGCGGCGGCGCACGGCUCGCCGGGAGGCAGCACCGGCUCGGUCGAGGCAGGCCCGACGAGCGUCUGGGACGAGUUCCCCCUCAGGCAGCUCUAUCCGCGAUCUGCCACUCUGUGGUGCCGCUGGCCCUCUUCCUCAUCCUGGUGCAGCUCGUCCUCGUCAAGGACCUCCAGAAUGCCCACGGCCGCAAGCCCCGCGCAGCUCACGCGAGGCAUGGCAGCGACGCUGGUCGGUCUCUUCAUCUUCAACAUUGGCCUCUCGUUCGGCAGCGUCCCCCUGGGCCGCGCGGCCGGUCAGGCGCUGCCAGAGGCGCUCAAGUCGAAGACCGUGUUCAGCUCGAUGGGGCUCGUCCGGGAGGAGCAGGCGCCUCUGGUUGGCCACGUGCUUAUCAUGCUCUUUGGCUUCGCCGCCGGCUGCAUGGCCACUGUGAUCGACCUCGCUCCGUGCGGACUCGGCGAGACUGAAAAGCUCACCAAGGGGGAGUUCACGAGGAUGGACUUGAUCGUCUCCGUGGCCACUGGGGUUGGGUCUGGCAUCGCGCUCGGCUUCGCCAAGAGAUUCUGUUCGGAUUGGACUUGCUGA